AUGGCCAGCCAGCGUAAACCCCUUGUCAGCUUCCUUGGGCCAGUCGCCUCCUACACCCAUCAGGCUGUCCGUCAGGCCUUUUCCGACGACACUUGGGAAUUCCAACCCGCAGUCACCAUAGAUGACGUAUUUGAGCAAGUUCAAGAUGGCCAGGUACAAGCCGGCGUUGUCCCCUUUGAGAACUCAACAAAUGGAUCAGUAGUUUUCACUCUGGACAACCUGGCUGACAGAGCCAACCGUUACCCGGAUAUCACCGUUGACGGCGAAACAUACGUCGACGUUCACCAUUGCCUUGUUGGACAUAGGAGUACUGCACCUGUCGUGGAGGAAACUGCUGAAGGUUCUGGUGCUUGCACGCCCACAACGAUGGAUCCAUCCCCUUCCAAACCGCGGUCCAAACCUCUAGCCAGCCUGAAGCAUAUCCAAAGGCUAUACUCUCAUCCCCAAGCAUUUGGCCAGUGUACAGCUUUUAUCUCUACAUAUCUCAAGGGAGUUGAGAUUUUCGAGGUCAGUUCGACCAGCAAGGCGGCUGAAAUUGUGAGCAAGGACCCCACGGGUACCUGGGCUGCUAUUUCCAGCGAGCUCGCUGCUGGUCUUAAUGGUCUCGACUUUCUGGGCAAAUCGAUUGAAGACCGGGAGGACAACACCACCCGUUUCCUCGUGAUUGGAACCAACGCUGCCGGCCCAAAGGAUUUGGAGAGAACCAAGCAAGCAGUAGCUGACAAGGGAAGCAAGUCGCUUGUCUCCUUCACGGUACCACACACGUCACCUGGAGCUCUGGCAGAUGCGCUGAGCUGUUUCCGGGCUUUCAAUCUCAACCUGACCAGUAUCAACAGCCGACCGAGUCUUGUGCAACCCUUCCAAUACAUAUUUUUCGUCGAAUUCGAAGGCCACAAGUACAAUGACCCCGAAGGACGCGUCAAUAGUGCUCUGGAACGAAUCAGUCGCGUGGCUGAGAGUUGGAGGUGGCUUGGUAGUUGGGAGAGAUACAUGUAA